AUGACCAUCUUUUCCAACAAUGUCCUUAGUCUGAAGCAGACUAUCACAGUCAACUAUGUUUCUGCUCACUGCUCGUACCACGAAAGGUCACUCAAGUGGUAUGAGGAACAGCUUGCCCUCAAAGGACACAUAGGUCUGGGUGACUACCUGCGCUCCGAGCUGCCAGCCGACGAAAAAGUAUGGCCCAAACACAAUGACAUCGAGACUCUUGCGAACGACCUGAUCGCCUACAUCGGUCGAUGUGAAGCUCAAGGGGAGCCGUUCAGGGUCGUGACUGAUCCUGACGUCAUUGAGCCUGAGCACACCAACGAGCUCAGUUACUUUCUUGUUACGGACUUGAACAAGAGCCUCCGCAAUCAUAAAACUCCCACCUUGCCGCCUCGUACGGAUUUACCACUUCGCACCACCUUGUCGCUCAAUACUGCCGUUGAUCUCGAACGUGCAUCACUGCCCUUCAGAAGCGGUGGUGAAACAGAUGAUGAUGCGACCUCAGACAAGAUACAGUAUCCUUCACCCGAAUCUCAGAAAAGAUAUUGUGUCAAGCUUCGUUUCAAGCGCCAGUUUGAUAUGGUUCGUAUGGGUGGUACGAUUGUCGAGGUCCCCAUUAGAUCUCACACYRAUGGYGGCCAAGCUGAUGGCAUAGUCAUGGAUGAUGGUGGACAUGGAGGCAAGCUUGCAUUUCUGGUUUGCCUCUACAAGCGGCUUCACACAGAAGUGAAGCUUCCCGUUCUAAUUGAUCUGAGCGAAAUGCAAUCCCUUCUUGAACUCCUUCUGUUCCUUUGUCAAGCGAUCUUCGAGAAGUUUGGACAAGCCAAACGUCUAUCAAACGAUCCUAAGAUGCUCAAUGUGUACAUUACAGAGAUGAUCGAACUCUAUAAUAACACUCACGGACCGCUUCGAACCGUGGACCAUGUGCCAACCUCCCCAAAGAAACCUCGAGAAGUUUUGGCAUUAUCUGUACUACUCGACGAGUUUUACUUGUGCCUGACUGGUACCUUCUACCAUUCUGACUCUGGAGAUUCAGAAACAAAGGAAGAAGAUGAGGGUGUGUGCCAAUUAGAGGGAGAGGUUACCAACCUGGACCUUUCGUCGAAAGAUGCCUCCAAUAGGCCAAGCGAGGACCAUUACAUCAGUUCCCAACAUGAUACGCCUUUCGCUAGUGUCGAUACGCUACAGCAUAUCGCAGGUCACCCUCAAAUAUAUCACAAAAUCCUCAUUUUAUAUGUUGCCCUUCACGGAGGCUCAUCUCAGGCUCCAUACGACUUUACGGCCUUACGCCUAGCUGGAACCUUUCGACCAUACAGCGCCUGCCGACAUGACCUCCUAGCAGACUUUGAGGACUUACGGCUGAGAGUCAAGACUCGAAAUGGUCACAACUUCACGAGACUUCAUAUUAGUCACCAACUUGAGCGCGGUUUGGACGACAAAACAGUUCUCCUGCUAUUAGGUCAGGCUGCUAGGAUAUCUGUUCCUGAAUGUUCGCGUGACACGCUGGUAAAGAUUGCACUUCUGACAGGAAUGCUCCUCGCAGAAAGUGGUCGCUACAUACUAGACGACUCUUCAGUCACGGACACUGGCUACAAAGUUGCUCUACAUUCCUUGCUGCUCCGAGAAUGUCCACAUGCUGCCUCACUUCAGUCUUUUGGGUCUAGAUCACCAUCCACUACUGCCACUACCAACGUCAUGCCUGAUGAAACAUUGAUUGGCAGCACGGACGAUCAAAGCUCUCGUGACGACCGAAAUGAGUUUGACUUUGUUGACGUGGAUGAAGGAGACGAGGCAAAACAGUAA